UUUCUAGGUCUAGAUCUAAAUAUAUCCUAACUAUUAUGACCGAUAGGCUAGUCUUAGAUCAAAAAUAUAAACAAACAUGGCUAGUAGAACACUUGGACGAUUAACUGUACGUGCAGUAAACUCUAAACGUCUGACUCCACAAAAAGCACCAUUGGUUCUGACAAAAAGUGCUGUUUCAAAAUUAAAACAGCUAAUGGCUGACAGACCUGAGAUGAGUGGUGUAUCAAUUGGUGUAAAAACUAAAGGCUGCAAUGGUUUAACAUAUACACUAGACUAUGCAGAGAAGAAAGGUGCUUUUGAUGAGGAGGUUGUACAGGAUGGUGUAAGAGUUUAUAUUGAUGCUAAAGCACAAUUAACACUACUUGGUAGUGAAAUGGAUUAUAUGGAGGACAAGUUAACUGCUGAGUUUGUUUUCAACAAUCCUAAUAUAAAAGGGACAUGUGGUUGCGGAGAAAGUUUUAAUGUAUGAAUAGUUAUUUAGGUCUAUAUAUGUUUAAUACCUUACAAAAAUAUACUUUUAAAUCAUAAUGAAUAAUUGGAAAUUGUCAUGAGAUUAUUUAUUAAUUUUUUUCCAAUUUGUUUAUUAUAUAUUGGUAGUGUAUUUUGUUUCAUAAAACAGUAUUUAUUAUAAAGAAUACUUAGUGUGUUACAGAGAGCUAGUUCUGGUAAAGUUUACUAUUAAGUAUACUUUUUUGUUAUAAAUAUUUACUGUAAAAUAUACUAAGAGUCAAUAACUUAGUUGACCUGACAUAUAUAAAGAAAUAAUAAUUUAUGUCAAUUAUAUUGGACCCAUUAAAAGUCAAUAUUGUCCAAUCUAAGUAGAGAUAAACCAAUUAUUGGAAUAGGAUACAUUUUUUUUUUUUUUUUUUUUUUAGAAAAUGUAUAAGAAAGUGCAAGUCAACUUUUGUUUUUUUAUUAUAUUGCAACACGCUGCUAGUAUUGGAAUCAAUUAUUGAUAGUAAAAAAAAAUAUCUACAUCUUUAAACAAAAAUUAUUUUUCUGUUAUCAAUUGAAAUAUGGCAAUAAUAGAAGACAUUGAUGUACUAAGCUUUUGAAAGAGUGUCAAAAGGUGUGUUGUUAAAGUUGCACUUGCCAAUUUAAAGCCCUUUAGUGUUUUUACUUUUAGCCAUGUAUUUACACUCCUCCACAAAGCAUUCAUUGCUGAGAAUAGAUAUCCUUUCAGUAAAAUAAUGUUAAUCAACCUUUGGAUACUGGUACCUAAUCUUACCUUGGAAGUUCUUACUCUUUACUUUGUUGCAGUGGUCUUAACUUUUUUUGUAGAUACCGGUAUCUAUAUCAAUAUCCUUGUUGUAUCUGUUACUUAUUCGCAUACAAUAAACCAGUAAGAAUAUA